GAUUACGAAAUGAUCAAAAAUAACCAUUACCAUUCGAGUUCCUUAACUUCGCAGGAGCGAACACACACUAGCCAAGAGAAUACGGUCAAGAUCCGCUCGCAUGAUAAACGUAGCAUUAACUACAUAAUACGCUCUUUCAUUGCGGGUGGUGCUGCAGGCUGUGUGGCAAAAUCCGUUAUCGCUCCAUUUGAUAGGGUUAAAAUAUUGUUUCAAGCAAGUAAUCCGCAUUUCCAAAAAUAUGCAGGUAGAAUCAGACAGUUGGAAUUUAACUUUAAACCAUUUCUGAUAGGAUCUUGGACCGGCGUAUUUCAAGCUACUCGAAGAAUAUAUAUGGAUGAUGGUCCAAAAGGAUUAUUCCAAGGUCAUUCAGCGACUUUAAUCAGGAUUUUUCCUUAUGCAGCAAUCAAAUUUGUUGCGUAUGAGCAAUUUCGUCAUAUAUUAAUACCAUCACGGAAAUAUGAGACAUCUAUGAGAAUUUUAUUGUCUGGUUCUUUAGCUGGUGUCACCUCUGUGCUUUUCACGUAUCCGCUUGAACUCAUACGUGUUAGGCUUGCUUACGAGGUUCGUGGAGAUAAUCGCAUCGGAUUCAAGUCAAUAUGCAGACAAGUAUAUCACGAAAGCGCUGCGUCACAUCGGCGUUAUUUCCAUUUCCCACUCAUGAAUUUCUAUCGAGGAUUGCUUCCUACCAUUAUGGGUAUGAUUCCUUAUGCUGGAGUAUCGUUCUGGACGCAUUACAUUCUUUCUGAAUUUUCCCGAAAGAUGUGGCCCGAGCAUACUACUCGACCCUCAUUAGUUGCCGGUAAAUUAGAUAGUCAAGGUCAGGAAAGAAGGGCACCAUUGAAAACAUGGGUCGAAUUGGGCGUAGGUGGUGUGGCAGGUGCAGUAUCCCAAACAGCUGCAUACCCAUUCGAAGUAAUUCGACGUAGAAUGCAAGUUCACGGAGCAUUUGAUCCCUCAAAUUUUGUUGGAAUUUGGCAAACAACAAAGACAAUUUGGAAUGCUAGUGGAUUCAAAGGUUUUUUUGUAGGACUGAGUAUUGGUUAUUUGAAAGUUACACCUAUGGUAGCUGUUUCUUUCACAGUUUAUAAUAGGAUGAAAUUAUUAUUGAAUAUUGAUUGA